AUGGACACCUCCUCGGUCGGCUUGCUCCUGGCCUUGCCCGUCCUGCUCCAGCUGGCGGCCGGGGGCGGCUCGCCGAGGCCGGGCGCGCUGCUGCGGGGGUGCCCCGCGCACUGUCAGUGCGAGCCGGACGGCAGGAUGCUGCUCAGGGUGGACUGCUCCGACAUGGGGCUUUCGGAGCUGCCCUCCAACCUCAGUGUCUUCACCUCCUACCUAGACCUGAGUAUGAACAACAUCAGUCAGCUUCCCCCGAACCCUCUGCACGGUCUCCGCUUCCUGGAGGAGCUACGUCUUGCCGGAAACGCUUUGACAUACAUUCCCAGGGGAGCAUUUGCUGGCCUUUACAGUCUUAAAGUUCUUAUGCUGCAGAAUAAUCACCUAAGACAGGUACCCACAGAAGCUCUACAGAAUUUGCGAAGCCUUCAAUCACUGCGUCUGGAUGCCAACCACAUCAGCUCCGUGCCCCCCAGCUGUUUCAGUGGCCUGUAUUCCCUGAGGCACCUGUGGCUGGAUGACAACGCUCUGACAGAAAUCCCUGUCCAGGCUUUCAGAAGUUUAUCAGCACUGCAGGCCAUGACCUUGGCCCUGAACAAAAUACACCACAUACCAGACUACGCCUUUAGAAACCUCUCCAGCUUGGUGGUUCUGCAUCUCCAUAACAAUAGAAUCUAUUCCCUGGGAAAGAAAUGCUUUGAUGGGCUCCACAGCCUGGAGACUCUAGAUUUAAAUUAUAAUAAUCUUGAUGAAUUCCCCACUGCAAUCAGGACACUGUCCAACCUUAAAGAACUAGGAUUUCAUAGCAACAAUAUCAAAUCGAUACCUGAGAAAGCCUUUGUAGGCAACCCUUCUCUUAUUACAAUACAUUUCUAUGACAACCCUAUCCAGGUUGUUGGGAGAUCUGCUUUUCAACAUUUACCUGAACUAAGAACACUGACUUUGAAUGGUGCCUCACAAAUAACAGAAUUUCCUGAUUUAACUGGUACCGCGAGCCUGGAGAGUCUGACUUUAACUGGAGCACAGAUCUCAUCUCUUCCUCAAAGUGUCUGCGAUCAGUUACCGAAUCUCCAAGUGCUAGAUCUAUCUUAUAACCUGCUAGACGAUUUACCCAGUUUUUCAGUCUGCCAAAAGCUUCAGAAAAUAGACCUGCGACAUAAUGAAAUGUGUGAAAUUCGAGCCAACACCUUCCAGCAGUUGUUUAGCCUCCGCUCUCUGAAUUUAGCUUGGAACAAAAUUGCCAUUAUCCACCCCAAUGCAUUUUCCACUUUGCCAUCUCUAAGAAAGCUGGACCUAUCAUCCAACCGCCUGUCGUCUUUUCCUGUAACUGGGUUACAUGGUUUAACUCACUUAAAAUUAACAGGAAAUCAUGCCUUACAGAGCUUGAUAUCAUCUGAAAACUUUCCAGAACUCAAGGUUAUAGAAAUGCCUUAUGCAUAUCAGUGCUGUGCAUUUGGAGUAUGUGAAAAUGUCUAUAAAAUUUCUAAUCAAUGGAAUAAAGGCGACAACAGCAGUGCAGAUGACCUGCAUAAGAAAGAUGCUGGAAUGUUUCAAGUUCAAGAUGAGCGUGACCUUGAAGAUUUCCUGCUUGAUUUUGAGGAAGACCUGAAAGCCCUUCAUUCGGUGCAAUGCUCACCUUCCCCAGGCCCUUUCAAACUCUGCGAAUACCUGUUCGGUAGCUGGCUGAUCCGCAUUGGAGUGUGGACCAUAGCAGUUUUGGCGCUGACGUGUAAUGCCCUGGUGACCUCAACCGUGUUCAGAGCCCCUCUGUACAUUUCCUCCGUAAAACUGUUAAUUGGGUUAAUAGCCGUGGUGAACAUGCUCACGGGGGUCUCCAGUGCUGUGCUGGCCGGCGUGGAUGCCUUUACUUUUGGCAGCUUUGCGCAGCACGGUGCGUGGUGGGAGCAGGGGGUCGGCUGCCAGGUCGUCGGGUUUUUGUCCAUUUUUGCUUCGGAAUCCUCGGUUUUCCUGCUUACCCUGGCAGCCCUGGAGCGUGGGUUCUCUGUGAAAUGCUCUGCAAAAUUCGAAACGAAAGCUCCUUUUCCCAGUCUGAAAGCAAUCGUUGCGCUCUGCGCCCUGCUGGCCGUGACCAUCGCCGCGGUUCCCCUGCUGGGCGGCAGCGAGUACAGCGCCUCCCCGCUCUGCCUGCCGCUGCCCUUUGGGGAGCCUAGCGCCACAGGCUACAUGGUGGCCCUGGUCUUGCUCAAUUCCCUUUGCUUUCUCGUGAUGACCAUUGCCUACACCAAGCUCUACUGCAAUUUGGAAAAGGGAGACCUGGAGAAUAUUUGGGACUGUUCUAUGGUGAAGCACAUUGCUCUGUUGCUCUUCACCAACUGUAUCCUUUACUGCCCGGUGGCUUUCUUGUCCUUCUCCUCUUUACUGAACCUCACAUUCAUCAGCCCUGAAGUAAUUAAGUUUAUCCUUCUGGUGAUUGUCCCCCUUCCUGCAUGUCUCAAUCCCCUUCUCUACAUCCUUUUCAAUCCCCAUUUUAAGGAGGAUCUGGGGAGCCUGGGAAAGCAAACCCACUUCUGGACAAGAUCGAAACACACAAGCCUGACGUCUAUUAACUCUGAUGAUGUUGAGAAACAGUCCUGUGACUCAACCCAGGCCUUGGUAACCUUCACCAGUGCCAGCAGAGCCUAUGACCUGCCUUCCAAUUCUGGGUCACCACCAGCUUGUCCGAUGACCGAAAGCUGUCAUCUUUCAUCUGUGGCAUUUGUCCCAUGUCUCUAAUUAAUAUGUGAGAAAAAGUUUUCAAAAGUUGAAAACCCAAAAAUGUGAGGUUGAGUAUAUCAGAGCAGUAACU